AUGCUUCUAUCCAAAACCAAGCUGCGACAGGAACACAAACUGAAACUACGAAAUUUUAUCACUGUCCGGAAAGACCGCCCUGAUGCUCUAAGAAGUAGUGGGGUGGCUAUCUUGAUAAGAAAAGGUAUCGCACAUACGCAGAUACCCCAGCAGCGAAGCAGCCUUGAACAUGUUGAUGUCCAGCUUGCAGACGGUACCUGCGUGUUUGCGGUAUACAAUAAGCCGGAUGGACGUUUCACUUCGCAUGAUUUGGACAAUCUGUGUAAUGUUGGGAACAAGGUGCUGGUUGUGGGAGACCUCAACGCCAGAAGGCGUGAGUGGAACUGUCACAAUCGACCUAACACCGAUGGCAAGACGCUGCUAGAGUAUUCUCUGAACAAUAACAUUGUCAUUGAAUACCCUGAGGAGCCGACACACUAUCCUUGGAAUGGUACGUCACCCUCCAGGAUUGACCUAGUACUUAACAAGAAUGUUCGAGAUCUGGGCGAGCUGGUUACCGUGGACGAGCUGAGCUCCGACCACUGUCCGGUGCUCUUCUCUCUCAACAGAGACAGACCAACAACAAAAAGGGUCAAAUAUGACUACAAGAGCACGGACUGGUCUGAGUACAAGGCGUCCAUGAACAAUCUCACCGUUAUCAAAAGUAACAUUGAUAAGGAUGAUAUUAAUGAAAUUUGUGAGCAGUUCGUUCAAAAUAUUCGAAGAUCUAGAUACGUGUCUACGAGGAAGGUCGUGGUGGAAGGUGAUCGAGAUAUUCUUCCGAUUGAUAUUGUUGAACUCAUUAGGCAAAAACAUCGGAUACGCAAGGACUGGCAGAGAACGCGUGACCCCCGUAGCAAGGAUCAAAUGCUGCAAAUGCUGCAGAGGCUGACGAGCGCAUAA